AUGGAAGGAGAAAAAGUUCAAUGUAUGGCUUGUAAUCAUCAAGAAGAUUUUUCAAGGGAAGUAGUAACAAGGAGCGAUCCCAAGUCUCUCCCAUCGAAGCUAAGAGAAAAAAGGUCGAGAAUACGACGAAAAGGCGAAGAGACGGAGAAGGGUGCAACUAUUAAAGAGAAAUGUCCUAACUGCGGGCAUGACGAGAUGACAUUUCAUACGAUGCAGCUCCGCAGUGCUGACGAAGGGCAGACUGUUUUUUAUAACUGCCAGAAAUGUGGGUAUUGUGGAAAUCAGAGAGAUAUUAUGAAAGUAUUGAGAGAAUCAAAGUAUCGUGGAGGUAUGUGGAGUAUUGUGAAGUAUCGUAGUGCAGGUAUCGUAAAGUAUCGUGGAUGUAUCACAAGGUAUAUCGUUGUCAACUAUGAAAAUGUGUAA